AUGGUUCAUAAAAUUAUUCCCUACGAUUUUUUUAACAUUGAUUUAGAGGAUAACCAGGAAAAUGACAAAAAACAAUUAGAAAUUUUACGCCGUGAAUUAGAAAAAUUUAAAGAGAAAAAAAAUAAUCAGGUUGAGUUGAAAGGCAUUAGGCUUAAUUCUUUAUUGGUGUUACGACAAAUGAGAGGGCAAUUUACUGACCAAGAAUACCAGGAAUACGAAGGAAAAAUAAAUGUUGCUUCCUCGCGAGAGGAAAUUGAAGUAAUUGUGAAAGAAUUUUUGUUAAAAAUUCGGCAAAAAGCCUCUUCUCCGAAGCCGAAUGGCAAAAAGGACAGAGGAAAUUCAGAAAAUAAACCGCAACAAAGCGAGGAGGAAAUUGAGCAUGCCUACCAAGAAAUUAGGAAAGAAAACACCAACCAUCCAGAAAUCCAGUUAGUUAAUCCCAGCGUGGUUCGCACUAUCCAAGAAGGAGGCGAAAUUAGCGAAGAUUUGAAAAAAGCAAAAUACAUUUUCUUUCCUAUAAACAAUGCUGAAAUCCACGAGACGGCAGAUGCAGGAAACCAUUGGACUUUGUUGGUUUUUGCAGGCGGUGAAUCAGGUUGUUUUUUCAAUUAUAAUUCCUUGGGUUUUUCGGUUACCCCAGACAAUGCUAUGAAAGUGGUAAUAAACUUUCAUGAUAAAGCAAAUUUGGCUGCUUGA